ACUCAUUAACUCUACAAUGAAACGCACAAAGCCCUCUUCAGAGCACUCCUCAACCCCACAAAACGCAACACAAAAGAAAACACGCUUCGUCUCUCCAGAAGACGACCCAGCCCGUUUCGCAGAAGACGUGGACGCACAACUCGAAGAUUCCAAGAAAGUAACGCGUAAACAAGGACGCGUAAAGACAGAAGGUUACGAAUCUGAUUCGAGUGAUGAUGGUGAGGGUGUCGUACUUAGUCGGAGGAAGGAUGCUGCUGGGGAGGGAGGAGAGGAUGAAGAUGAUAUGUUUGCUGCUGGAGACAAGGAGGAGAAAGAUGAGGAAGUGUCGGGCAAGAAGAAAAAGACGGAGUAUCUUCGAUUAGGUGACAUCGAAGGACAAGAAUUUAACGAAGCUUCCGGAUCGGAUAAAGACGACAGCGAAGAAUCAGAAGGCGAACCAGAGGACGAAGACGAUGCCGAACGACGGAAGAAAGCAGGCAUGGGGUACGAACUCUCGUCAUUUAACAUGCGCGAGGAAAUGGAAGAAGGGAAGUUCACUGAAGAUGGGACGUUUGUUCGUACGUUCGACCCGCAUGCCAUUCAUGACCGAUGGCUCGAAGACGCAGACGACCGCGCCAUAAAGAAAGCACGGCGGGCGAAACGUGCACAGGAGCGAGCGGAGAAGGAGAAACUUAGAGCGGAGGCGCGUGAAGCGCAGGAAGCUGGAGGGAAGGAGGAGAUGGAGAAGGAGAUGUUAACGAUGUUGAAGAAGGGUGAGACUGUGCUGGAGGCGCUUGCUCGACUUGGCGAGAAAGUGAAGAAGGCGAAAGGGAAAGAGAGGAGCAACAAAAAAUCACGAACUCAUGACCCCUCAAUGGACGUGGAUAACGACUCCAAGCCUCACGCAGACGAACACCCUACUUCAUUCUCCCAAUUAUCCCCAAAAUCCAAAAUCGAACACCUCACAACCCUCGCCUCAAAUCUCAUGUCCUUAGGAGACGUCGACAUCUACAACAAAACAUACGAACAUCUCCUACGGUCCGUACGUUCCGGUGGGAACGUCGAACCAGAUUGGACACCACCUGCCGUGAAGUACGAAUAUAAAUGGGAUGUACCCGGCUCACCAACCAGCAAUCAGAGUGGCAGCGGAGCGGGAACGGACACGCAGGUAUUCGGACCGUUCGGCGAGGAUGAGAUGAAGGCGUGGUAUGAUGCGAGUUACUUUGGUGAGGCUGGGGAGAAGGUGAAGGUACGAGUUGUUGGUGAGGAGUGGGGCGAUUGGGACGAUGUGGUGGAUUAAUAUUUGUUUUCACUUGGACCUAUGCUGUGAACAAUCUAUGUAUUGUGUAUCUUUGUGUACAAUUAGUGAAUC